AUGCUGCAUGCCGCACUGGCCGUAGCUCAGCUUUCAAAAUCCGGGGAGGAUGGCACAUUAAGCGGAGACAGUGCCUUGACAGCAAAAGCGGAAGUGGAAGGAGAAGGUCUUGCAGCGACCACACCAUCGAGUCUGCCCACCAACUACGGUUUCUUGAACACCAUCUCGGAGCCAGAUCCGACCGUCAUGGCCGAUCUAAACACAGCAGGAGAAACACCAAUACCAAAUAGCCCUCGCGAUGCAGAAACCGAUCUUGCCGUGGGAUCUACAGGGGUUAAUGAGGAGGAGCCUGAAGGUGGAGGAUCACCACAAUAUCUAGUGUCGAAUCGGCCAGCAACUUCUGAACCAGUUCAGCCAGAGACAGCGCCCCCAGAAGAAGCCACUGUUCAAGAUUUGGAUCAAGCUGCGUCACCACCGACGGAGACGACGGGAGUUUUCACCUCUGAUUCACCGGGCAGUCCUAUCGCUAGUAGUACACCAGUUGUUGCUUCCGUACCUAGCGACGAAACCCUGGCAGAGACAUCAUCCACAGUCACUCCGACUCCAUCUCCAGCUGAGGCCACAGGUGAAGCAGCCAUUCUUGCCGUACCUGACAAUUCCUCAUCCCAACCUGAAGGCCUGGGGACACAAUCGCCAUCCAUAUCAACGCCCGCCACGCCCACGGCACUGGCAGCAACCGAAACCGAAACCGGCACAAUCCCAGCACCACCACCACCAUCAACCACCUUCCUCUCAGUCAUAAUUUCAUCCUCCAGCGAUCCUGCCAGCCUUGGGUUUACCGCAAUAGCCACAAACUCUUCGUCCUCACUCACACUCACAUCCCUUUCACCAACCGAUUCCGCUUCAGGAUUUGUUGCUUUAGCCACGGAUUCCUCUUCAUCAUCCUCCUCCUCUUUCACUUCUUCUUCUAGUUCUAUCGCCUCCACAACCACCAUCAGCCAACCAGCAAUGGUCUCCACCACCGACAUCGACGAUACCUCCUUGCAACCAGCGAAUACAUCCUACCCACACUCCUCAAACGAGUACCUCUCCUCCCAAGCCAAGGUGGCCAUCGCACUGGUCUCGGUGGUCGGUGCGUUAGCUGUCGCGGCAGUCAUUGGCUAUGUGCUUUGGCACAUGAGGAUGCGGGAUGCUCGUCUUAGACGGAACCAAGCGGCAGUAGCGCGCGGAAUGGGUGGCGGUGGUGGUGCUGGUGCUGGUGUUGCUGGUAGAGUUACUGGAAAUGCUGGUGUUGCAGAGAAGGGCAAAGGCAAUGGGGUUGGGGAAAAAAUGAAUCAAGCUCUGGAAAAGGAACAUGAUGUCCCACUGGAUAUUGGAAAACUUCAGUCUCAGUCUCAGUCGGAAGCGCAGGAUGGCCUUGGGAAGACUGCUGCGAAAGCUACUGUCAACAACCGAUUCAGCACGUUCAGCGCCAUUAGCGAGAGCAAAGAGGAGGGAAGCGGGGACAGCAGUCGCCCGGGGACCCAGUCGAGCGAAAAAAGUGGAAGCCAGGCUUCUUCUUCUUCGUACGGCAACGACGAGCCGUUGGCAGCUAUGGCGUCAUCCGUGGCCUUGGGUAGUGAGGUGAGUAUAGCUACGGCUACGGCAAGUGAGAAGGAAAUGGGUGGUGUUGGGUACGGACUCGGGAGGAGCGAAAGUCUGGAGAGCGAGGAGAGUCAUUAUAGUGAAGGGGGACAAGAUCAGUUUGAGAGGACCGAGACGUUGGAAGUUCAGCGAGGUCGGUGUGUGCAUGAAAGAAGCGAGAGCCUGCGCAGUCAAUGGAGCGAUGUGGAGGAGUAUUACGGGAUAGGAAGGUUGGAGACGGAUGUGCCAGGGCCUGAGAGUGGCUCAGCGGGCGACGUUGUUGCUGGUACUGGUGUUGAAGCGUUGGGGUCAGAAGAGACGUUGGUGAGGACGGAGUCGGGUGCCUCGACGUCGUCGGGCCGGUCAGCGAAAACCAUUGGAAAGGCGAUCUGA